UAAUUGCAGUUAUUUACACACUAAAUAUAUUUUAUUUUAUUUUUAUUUUUAAUUUUCCGAAUAUUGGAUUCUCCAAAUUUUAGAGGACCGAUGUUUUUGGUGUUCAAGAGUCUUCUUGCCUUUUGAGUGGCACCCAAAGCAGAUAGAUAAGCAGCACUUUCGCCUUUCCCCGCGCUUGCUCGCUCUGCUCCGCCAUUUCCAGAUUAAUCGGCGGAUUUCACAAAUACAAUCGAAUUUGAGAAUCCAGGGGCUAAUUUCUGUCGCUGAAUCACGGAUUUACGGCAUUGCUGCUGCCUAUAAUGGAUAUGAAGAGUUGGCCGUGGAAGAAAAAAUCCUCUGAUAAGAAAGCAGCUGUUAUUGCAUCGAACGCUUUAACAGAUGGUUCAGACACGAGUGCUACUCAAGUUGACAAGGUGAAACAAGAGAAGCCAAAGUAUGUUCAAAUAUCUAUGGAGUCGUACAUGCAUCUUACUGGAUUGGAGAAUCAAGUGAACUCCUAUGAAGAACAAGUGGUAGAAUUAGAAGACAAGGUGAACGAGUUGAAUGAAAAGCUAUCAGAAGCCAACCUGGAAAUGACCAACAAAGAAAACCUUGUGAAACAGCAUGCCAAAGUUGCUGAAGAAGCUGUCUCAGGGUGGGAAAAAGCUGAGGCAGAAGCUGCUGCACUUAAAAAUCAUCUGGAAUCUGUCACUCUUCUAAAACUGACUGCCGAGGACAAGGCGUCUCAUUUGGAUGGUGCUCUAAAAGAAUGCAUGAGACAGAUACGAAGUUUGAAAGACGAGUAUGAUAAACAAUUGCACGAAGUUGUUCUCAACAAAACAAAGCUGUUCGACAAGAUGAAGCUAAAUCUGGAAGCAAAUAUUGCAAAUUUAGAGCGUGAGCUACGCAGAUCUGCAGCAGAAAAUUCCACAUUGUCAAAAUCUUUGCACGAACGAUCUAACAUGCUGAUCCAGCUCAGUGAAGAAAAAUCGCAAGCUGAGGCAGAGAUCGAACGUCUGAAAGCCAAUAUUGAAUCGUGUGAAAAAGAGAUAAAUUCACUCAGAUAUGAAGUCCAUGUUGCUAAGAUGGAGGUCGAAAUUCGAAAUGAAGAAAAAAACAUGAGCAUGCGAUCUGCAGAGGUGGCAAACAAGCAGCACAUUGAAGCAGUGAAGAAAAUUACCAAGCUUGAAGCAGAGUGCCAAAGGUUACGAGGUCUUGUUCGAAAGAGAUUACCUGGUCCAGCUGCACUUGCUCAAAUGAAACUUGAAGUUGAAAACUUUGGGCGAGAGUAUGGAGAACAUCAUGUGAGGAGGUCUCCAGUGAAGAUUUCUACUGCGCCCUCGUCCCCACAGCCUGAAUUUUCACUUAAUGAAACACAAAAGUAUGUUAAGGAGAACGAGUUACUCACGGAACGCUUGCUGGCGAUGGAAGAAGAAACAAAGAUGCUGAAGGAAGCAUUGGCAAAUCGUAACAGUGAACUUCAAGAUUCUAGAGGCUUCUGUGGUCAGGUUGUCAGCAAGCUUCAAGCAUUAGAAGCACAGCUGCAAGUAAGUGGUGGUAGUAGACGUCUUCCAAAAUCAGAUAUGCACCCCGGAAGUGAAAGUUUAUGUAGUAAAGCUAUUAAUGCUCCAAGUUGCACCUCUAUGUCAGAAGAUGGAAAUGAUGAUAAUGCAAGCGGUACUGGUUCAUGGUCCACUGGAUUAAUCUCUGAGGACUCACGCAAUAAGAAGGAAAAGAAUGUUGAUAUUUCUGAGAAGUGGGAAAAUUCUAAUAAUUUGAACCUAAUGGAUGACUUUCUUGAGAUGGAGAAGUUGGCGUCUCAAUCAGAUAUAUCAAAUGGAACAAUUCCAGGCAGUACAGAAAAUCUGAUUUGCGAAGAUGGGAAAAGUGGUGUUUCGGCUGAGGCUACUUUCAUCAGAGAGCAACCAUCUGGCGAGCAAAAUUCUGUGGAAACUAAAGUAUCUUCCAAGGAAGACAAGGUUGUUGCAAGUCCUCAACUUCAUGCCGAUCCAUCCCUCUUUGUGAGACUUCAGUCAAAUGUGUCAUUCGUGCUUGAUUCAAUUUCUAAUGAGAAAGAUAUGGAAAAACUUAUGGAGGAUAUUCGACGUAUUAUGCAGGAUACACAUGAUGCUUUACAUCAGCAUGCGCUGAAUAAUAAUUUUGUUGAGACUGGUCAUCAUUCUGGCAGAAAUGAUGAGAUAACUGCCCUGAGGGAGAUAGAUGAUAACUCGUGUGUGAAGACCUUGCAAGCAAUCAGUCCAGAAAUGAAAGUUGCUAUUUCUCAGAUCUGCAACUUCAUACUGAUUCUUGGAAAAGAGGCAAAGGCUGUUCUGGGAAAAAGUCCUGAUGGGAAAGGACUAAAUAAGAAUCUCUCUAUAUUUUCAGCAAAAUAUAGCAAUGCCAUGGAUUGUGACAUUGAUCUAAAUGAUUUUCUUCUCAACGUGUCACACGUGCUAAGCAUAGCUAGUGAGCUGCAGUUCCAUGUCUUGGGAUUUAGGAAUGCUGAAGUGGAAACUAGCAGUUCUGAUUAUAUAGAUAAGAUUGUUCUACCAGAGAACAAGGAUGUUGAGGGUACAUCAGGAGAGAAAUAUCCUAAUGGUUGUGCCCGCUUUUCUGAUUCUGCAUCUGAUCCUGAUGUUCAGAUUGAUGCAAAUCUUGUCCCGACCUCUGAAAAGUCCAGUUCUGCAUGGAGAUGUUCAUUGGAAGAAUUUGAAGAGUUGAAAAGGGAAAAGAAUAACCUGGAAGAUGAACUUCUUAAAUGCACAGAAAAUCUGGAAACCACAAAGACCCAAUUGUUGGAAACAGAGCAGCUGCUCACUGUGCUUAAAUCUCAGUUAGCUUCUGCUCAGAAGUCCAACAGCUUGGCUGAGACACAGCUCAAAUGCAUGGCGGAAUCAUAUAAAUCUCUUGAAGAACGGGAAGAGAAGUUACGGACUGAAGUAAAUUUACACAAAGGGAAAAUCGAGAGUCUUGAAAAUGAGCUGCAGGAGGAGAGAAGAAGUCAUCAAAAUUCAUUCAACAGAUGCACAGAUCUUCAGGAGCAAUUGGACAGGAUUAAGAGCGCUGCAGCUACUGAUGCUGAUAGCAAGACUCAUCAGGAGUUGGCGGCUGCUGCUGAAAAACUGGCCGAGUGUCAAGAAACCAUAUACGUUCUUGGGAAGCAAUUGAAAGCUCUUCGUCCCCAAACAGACAAUGCCACUUCCCCUGAUUUUCAAAGGAGUAGAAAAGUGGAAGCCUUCCUCGAUGAUGGAUCAAUAGUAAAAGACAUGAAGCUGCAUGAGAUCGAUCCGGAAGUGUAUGCUGCAACUCCAUCUCAUUCACACAGGAUUGGCUUAGAAUCCCCCUCACAUGUACCCAACCCCACAUUUAGUCCAUCUGACUCCGAACCCGACUUGCCAAGAUCACCAUAUCACCGCCCCUCAAAGUCAGUCUCCUCGUCUGUAUCAUCCACCCCUACACCGGAGAAACAUAUUCGCGGAUUCAGCAGAUUCUUUUCUUCAAAAGCUAAGUAUGAUCACUAGCGCCGUGCCGGUGCCCGUGUCCAAGUGCAAAGUGCAUCAUAUCCUGAUCAAGCCACUGUGCCUUCUCUGUAAAUAAAGGUGAAUAUCCUUUUCAUGGCCAAUCCUUGUUUACACCUUUGUAGUAUUAAAUUUUGAAGUUUUCGACCACAGCCGGCAUAGUCGAAACAGAACCAGCUACCGCAGAAUUCGAUUUCCCGAGUAUAGAAACAGAGGUAUGCAUAUUGCAUAGAAGCCAAAGAUUCUAUCUUCUACAUGUUUUAAGUCUCAUCCCAGAAAUAAAAUGCCUGCUGAAGUGUUUUGAUUCAAAAUCCAUUUUCUUGAUCAGCAGGAGUAUUUGUCACUUUUUUUUUUUUGCCCUCUUUUGAUGGAUGUUAGGGUUUACAUCCAUAGUGUACUUUCUACUGUGUUAUUGCUCUGUUUCUCUCGUAUGUGUUUAUUGUAAGAAAUGUUUGAUAUUUUUAGUGGGGGAGUUCUGCACAAGUUCUUGUCUACUAAUGAACAACCAAAUUGGAC